AUGGACUUAACGGAGAAGGACGAUUGUCCAGAAGGCACCGACUCAAUAGUUGAGGAGCUGGACGUCUUUCUCUCCCAGGAGUAUGCCAAUAAUCUUUAUAUUCUGCAGUAUCCACUACGGCCCACGUGGAGGCUCUAUAACUGGAGCAGCAUGAGUAGCGUCACAUUCCAUCCGUCCAUUAAUCACGUAGAGAUGCAGCUACCCUUACAGUCUGGUCAAGACGACGCUCCAGACUAUUCUAGUAUAGAUGAACUGGAGGGCAAAGACGCCUAUCUGACCCUUAGUGGCGUGCCAGUGAAUGAGCACGGGCCCUAUGCUGUAGGGGCCAUCCAGACAUACGAAGGUGCGAGAAUUCUGGUGCUCCACCCGGUGGUAGCACACCUAAUGGUUGCUGCUCACCAGAAAUCGCUGGACGAACCAUCGGAUAUGCACCCACCUCAACCUAAUUCUGGAGAUGAAAUGAUGAAUCCGAGGGCCAUAAAUGAUGUGGGAACUCUUUCAUACACACAGGGUGUCACGCUGCGGCACUUUGACCAGACGAGCAUCUCAUCCAGGGAGCUAUUUGCAAAGCUUCAUGACACUGAGCAUCUGUAUAUCCAAAACUCUAAUCACUCUAUCACAAACCCAGUUUACAGUAAAGCUCCCCGUUUGGUCUCCUACACCGUCGAUAGAAAUAAAUACAUCAACUCAUUCUCAAUUGUAGAAAUUCAGGAGCGGGAACGAGCAAUCCAGUUGGUAGAUAAGCUCAAGACCAUCCUCGACCCUAAGAGGCGCAUGGACUACUGCAUCCGCGAAUUUCGUAUUGUCAGCUUCAAGAGCCUGCGUCAGGUUGCCCAGAUACCGGGAAGAGAACCUCCUUCUCAUGAGCUUAUCUAUAACACAUUAGUCUCUAGGACUGUUUUUAUCCACGGCUGGUUUGCAAUCAAAAGCGAAUUUGUGGUCACAGGCUCUCUCGUACCGUUUCUUGACUACUUGCUGUUACUUCUAGGGCUCAAUACAACGGGUCUAUCUGAUGAAAACUCCCUUUUACAUGUGAUCAUGCAACUAAAGAAGACGAUUUCUGACAUGCAAGAGCAGAACAAAGCAUACCUGGGCCUUUUAAGCAGCAUAGAGAAGCAGCAGGAACAGAUUGGACGCCAGGUUCUCCAAGCAUGUAUGAAAGAUGAAGUCAAGAUGUGUAAGAUUUCCCGGAAGGCAUUUACUAAAGAGACAGGCCUCCCAGCGAACAAUAUCCUCCUUAUGUUUCGAGAGACAGGACUCUUGAUCCCUGACAAGGAAAGCUCCGACAACGAUACAUGGACGUUCAAGAAGGAGAAGCAAAAGGAUUUGGGCGAUCUCCCUGUUUCUGAUGCAGAGCGCGAGGUUGCCAAAUGGAUUGAUGCUACCCCUACGAUUAUCAAUGCAAUGAACUGUGCACGAAAAAUGAAUAAGCUGCGAAAAAUGCAAGAUCAGGGGCUCGUGCGGGACACGUUGACAGAUGUGAGCGAGCUUCCCAAGGAUGUACUGGAGCAGCUUUACCAGAAGUACCACAUAGAAUAA